ACCUGUUUUCGUACAAUAAUUUGGGUCGGCCCCACAUUCUAUCAAAAUCCUGAUUGCAUCCUCUCUUCCUAGCAUCGCUGCAAAAUCCAGAGCAUUUUUCCCGCUUUUAUCGCGUUCGUUUAUAAAAAUUUGACGGUCUUCAAUUUCGUUCUCUGAAUCUUCGAGAUAUUCCUUAAUUUUCGUCGCAUCUCCGCGGCAAACUAAACUUGUAAACGCCGACAUCUUGUUGUUGUUUAUAACUUUUGUUGCCAUGUGUUUUGGACUUUUGGCGAGAAGUCUACCCCCCGGUUACGUUUUGGUAUGAAUACUCCCCCCUGGAUAUAUUUAACCUGCAACACCUGCACGCCCUAAAAUUGCUUGCCCGCACGUGUGUAUAAAACUCCCAGAAUUCCAAGCGAAUCUUUCUCUUAUUCCGCCAUCAUGGUAAGAAUGGAAGAUAGAUUUAUAUUUCGAUAAAUAAUCCAUCAAAAUUUACUCCAAUCCUACAGUUGUUUCGUAUUUCCCUCUUGCCAUUUUGUGAACUGAUAAUCCUUUGUUCUAUUCUGUGGCUUAUUUUGAAAUUAGGCGUAAAACAAAAGGAAAAAAUCAACUUUGUAGCAGAGGGAAUUGAAGAUAAAAAAGUAGUAUUUUUACUUUGUUUAGGCUCUUGUCGUUCCCGAGAAGUUCCAGCAUAUUUUGCGUCUGUUAAACACAAAUAUCGAUGGCAAGGAAAAAUGUUUGUUUGCAUUCACUUCAAUCAAGGUACAAGAAAUUGGACGUAUAUAUUAUUAUAUUAAUAAAAUAAUAUCACCUGUAUCGAAUAAUAAAUAAGUACAGUCUGUCUAAUAAAUAAGUACAGUCUGUACAGACGGUUGUAAAUGUUGAUAUUUCAGCAAGAUUUUCAUCUGAGAGAGUGUUCGACUAAAGCACAGUGGACAACUGUAUUAAUAAGCCUCAUGUCAACAAACCAUUGGCCAGAAUUAUUACAGUAUCUCAUUUUCCAAAUGUUAAACCAUCUAGGCUGAAAUCAAUUUGUCUAUUACUCCUCAAAUAAUAUGGGGUUGUAGACCAAUAGAUUUUGUCCUGUGGUCAAGUUCCCACUAGUGGACACUUUGCAAAAUAUUUGGAGGAAGACAAAUUUAGGUCGCCAACAUAUGACCGACCACCUUUUGUAACCUUGGUCUGUUUAAUAUUCAGCGAUCAUUCAAAGGCAUUCAGAAAUCAUUGGGGGGGGGGGGGUGUCGGCCCCUCUAGUGUUUGUCACUAGGGAGUCAGUCAACACAUCUCCUUGCAUCUUCCCAAGUUUGCAAUAUAGAUGCUAUCAAAUGUAGCUGCCUGGGUUUUACAACACAACAUAUUAGGCCAAAUAAAAAUAAUAGUUGGUUUCAGGUGUCCGACCAACCUGUCAACUAUAUGACCGACCAUAAACAUUUUAUUGACAUUUCCCAGUAGAGAUCAUCUUUUCGUAAAUAGCAGAAUAUAUAAAUAGUCAUCAGACUCAUUUGUCUACAAAUUAUUUUGUUUGAUUAUAAUUUAAUCAUUAUCUAGUCAUGUUAAUCAUAGUUUUACACAAAAACAGUUGAAUAAAAUAUUAAAAACGUAAGUUAUUCUGACAUUGCAGCUACGGCUGAAAAAAGACGAAAACGCCUUGAUGCGUUCGUUUCUCGCGAAACACCUGUAGCUCGCGGGUGAUCCCUGUUAUUGCAUACUUGAGAUAAAAAAAUUUUUUAAAUAAAAUGUUUUUCCGACCUACCUACCCAUUUAAAACAUCGCUGUGAAACCUGAAACCAACUAUUAUUUUUAUUUGGCCUUAACUGCAUAAUUUACUCUAGGGCGUAGGUCGACGUUACGCAACGUUGGUAUGCCGUAAAGCAGACGUUGAUUUAAACAAACGUGCCGGUGAGUUGUCAGAAGACGAAGUUGAACGCAUUGCAACGAUCCUUCAAAACCCAAGACAAUACAAGAUUCCUGACUGGUUCUUGAACAGGAAGAAGGACAUUAAAGAUGGCAAAUACAGUCAGGUAUACUUUGGCCAGCACAUGAAACAGAACAUUGAGUUGUAUCGUCAGGUCAUACCAGUCCUUUAUUUUGGUGUAAAGGCAAAAUGAACUAGCUAUAAUACUGAUACUGAUGCAAGGUGCAUAAUUGAACUAAUUUUUAUAUAUAUUUUUCCCCAGGCACUUUCCAAUAAUCUUGACAACAAACUUCGAGAAGAUUUGGAAAGACUGAAGAAGAUCAGAGCACACAGAGGCCUUCGUCAUUACUGGGGGUACGUGUUGACAUAAUAUAAUAAUUUAUUAUUGCAAAGUGUGGAAAAUUGUCUGAUGUUAGACAGAAUGAAGCCCGGUUAUUGCCAUGGUCAUGACAAAGUUGCAAUUAGGCAUUGAAGGUUUUUCCAUGUCUGAACUUGUGUAUUUUUUCCUGUAUAGUCUCCGUGUCCGUGGUCAGCACACCAAAACAACCGGCAGAAAAGGAAGAACCGUUGGUGUUGCCAAGAAGAAGGGUUAAUAAUAUGUACAAUAUUCACAGAAUAAAG